AUACCAGAUUAAAUCAGUUUAUCUCUGAAUUAGAUGUAUGUACUAAACAAGCUCAACAAUUAUUCAAAAUGUUUGCAUUCAUAGAUACCAUAGAAAAGCCGCCUCUGGGCGGCCGAAAGUCAUUUAUGCCCAUCCCAGAGGCCAAGUUAGUUGACGAUGUCGUCAGCUACAUCGCCAAACCAGAGUUCCAUUCGACUGUCCAAGCGGCAUUGAAGCUGCAACGCUUUUUCUAUGUGCAAUACAGCGAACUGGCUGCCAAGUUGGAGACUGACCUCACAGCAGUGUUAACCCGUUUGGAAGCUGCCAAGAAUAAUUUGGAACUGCUGAGGAGGUUCAUGGACAAUCCUGACAAGGAAGUUCAGAGCCUCAUUCAAAUCGCGCAGGGAGUAUUCAGAUGGGUGAGCAUACCGCCAGUGGAAAGGGUUACCCUUCAAGUAUGCGCAUCUCUGCAAAUGGAAUUCAAGCUGUCCGAAGCGGAGGAGUUCAUCAAAAAGAACAUCACCAGCCUGGUGAAGCAGCAACUGCAGCAUGAGCACGAUAUCGACUAUCUGCAGGAUCAGGUGAACACGGUUGAGAUGAACCUAGCCGUUUUGUAUAAGCAUGGAGUGGAGAAUUAGAAGCAUCCCAUCCUUAAAAUUUCUAGUAUCUUGUAGUUGCUUAUAAAAACAUUCGUUCUAAAUAAGUCUUUAUUAUGAAUGCCUUAAUUUCCAACUUGGAGUUCCCCACAAAUACAUUCAUUACCAUUACAUUAUUAGCAGCCCGUUAAAGAGGUCAGAGUAUCGGACCGCAGGAUCCCAGACUGUGCCCUACAAAAUGUGACCUUUAUUACCGUGCUUGGGUAUUUACAAGCCUAUACACAUCAUAAUAAUUAUGACUUAAUUUCGCCAGGGAGCACCGCUUAGUCAUUGUGUAAUCCUCGGUCACAGCCAAUUACAAUUGAAUGCCUUUCAAUCCCAUGCCCAAGCCUUCGUCCAGCUGUUCCCCCAGCCCUCCAGCCAUAUUCGCACACGCAAUCUGCCAGCCACAAUUGAUAUUAAUUUGUGCCCGAUGUGGGUCAAGCCAUGAUGUAGACUCCAUUCCCUCCCAAGGAUACCAAAUUAUAUGGCAAAAGGACAAAAAUGGCGAG